AUGGUUGAGUUAUUAGAAAACUAUGUUGAUAAGGGAAAACUUACAAUAGUAGGCGAUUUUAAUUUAGAUGUUGGAAGUGAUAGUGAUCGUUAUGCUCGUAAUUUCGUUAAUGAAUGUGCCUUGCUUGGACUUAAACAACUAGUCAAUGUGCCGACGAGAUCAACAUUGACGUCGAACACAAUAAUUGAUCUAGUUUUUUCAAAUGUGGAAUUGUGUAUUGAUGUGCUGUCUACGCCAAGGGUGUCUGAUCACAACAUUAUUGUUAUCAAUUCAGAUUUAGAUAUUGAACAAAAUAAAAAGCUGAGAGUGACAGAAAAGAGAAACUUCAACAAAUUUGAUCUAAACACAUUUUGUGAUAUUUUUGUCGAUAGAUAUAAGUUAGAUAUUAAUGAUGAUAUUGAUGUAGUUUUUAAUAAAUUUAGUAGUAGUGUUACAUAUGCUCUUGACGUGGUGGUACCAAAGACAGCAAAAAUUUUAAAACCUAAAUGUAAUGAUAAAAAAUGGAUUACAAAAGAUUUGAUUGAAAAAAUAAAGGAAAGAGAUCGAUUGUUUUUUGUAUCAAAAAAAUUUGGAAGAGAAGAUGAUAUCAUCAAGUAUAAAAGAUUAAGAAAUUAUAUUGUAAAUGAAUUAAGAAAAUGCAAAAGAGAACACAAUGAUAAUAAUAUAGAUGCAAAUAAAAAUAAUGGAAAAAUUCUUUGGAGAGAAUUAAAAGAACUGAUAGGAAGUAAAAAAGCUCAAUCUACUGUUGAGAAUAUUGAAUGUGAUAAUAAGAUUUUGGAUGACAAUUUAGUAAUCUCCAAUAAAUUUAACCAUUAUUUUGUUGAUAGUAUUAAUAAAAUUGUGAAUGAGAUAGGAUUUAAUCAAUUAAAGGAUGUAGUUAAUGAUAAUAGUAAUAAUCAGAAGUGGAAUAGUUUCGAUAGAGUGUAUGUAAAUGAUUUAGAUAAGAUUAUACAGAGUUUGGAUAAUAGAAAAGGAUCUAAUAAUGAUGUUAAUUCUGUAAUUUUAAAACAUUUAUGGAAUUUUGAUAAAAAUAGUGUAUUAGAUAUUAUAAAUAGAUCAUUAGAAUCUGGUGUUGUACCUGAUUGUUUAAAAGUUUCUAGAAUAGUACCGAUUCAAAAAAUAAAAGAUAGUAUAAAAAUAACUGACUUUAGACCAAUAAAUACACUACCAGUAUUAGAACAAGUAUUGGAGAGUAUAGUAAAAUCGCAGUUGAAUAAAUUUAUUGUUGAAAAUGAAAUAUUAAACGAGGAACAAUCUGGUUUUAGAAAGGAGCACUCAUGUGAUAAGCUAUGCAGUGCUCUUUGA